ACUCUGCUCGCAGCUUUUGCCCCCGAGGCACUUCUGGAGCAGCAGCCGCUCGUUUCGGAGCCGGGGCUGCACAAGGAUUCCCUCGGGAGAGCCCCCAGCCCCGCGGCCGCCUCUGCCCGGCUCCCCUAUGGCGGGCUCGGCCUUGCGCCCGGGCUCGCCUCUGCCCGGCUCCAAGAUGGCGGAGCCGCUCCCGCGCGUGCUUCUCCGCGCCCCCGCCCCUUCCCGGCGCCUCCUGCGCGCGCGCGGCUCCACCUCACUUCCGCUUGUGCAGCAGCCAUUUUGUCUUUCCGCCGCCGCUGCUGCCCGAGCUUCUCCCUCCCUCCUGCCGCCGCGGGCCGCGACACUCCAGUUCCCCCCCGGGCGCGGCUCCCGCCGGGCCGGGGACGAUCCCGAUCCCCCUUCCCUUAUCCCGGGAGGCUCCCCCGCAGCCCCGGCGCGGCUCUGAGGGCGCGGGGGCGGCUCCCGUGCCCCUGCCGCGCGAUGUCCAGCGAGGAGAGUUACCUGGCCAUCCUGCGGUACCUGACGAACGAGCGGGAGCCGUACGCGCCGGGCACGGAGGGCAACGCCAAGCGGAAGAUCCGCAAGGCCGCCGCCUGCUACGUGGUGCGCGGCGGCACCCUGUACUACCAGCGGCGGCAGCGCGACCAGCAGCGCUUCGCCGAGCUGGAGGUGGUGCUGCAGGCCGAGCGCCGCGCCCGCCUCAUCCGCGCCGCGCACCUGGCGCCCGACGGCGCGCACCGCACCCGCCUGCAGACCUGGCAGGGGCUCUCGCAGAAAUACUGGUGGAGAGGUAUUCUUAAGCAGGUUAAAGAUUACAUUAAAGAAUGCAGCAAGUGCCAGGAAAAGCUAGAUCGCUCUAGAUCUCUCUCAGAUCCUUCUGAAAUGCUGGAGGAGCUAGGACUGGAUGCAAAAUCUCAUGAGGACAGUAAUGAAACAGAUGAUGAAUUGAGUAACACAGCAUCAAUCCCAGCUGCAUCCCCAAAGCCUGUGAAGAAGAAGCCAAUAGCAAAGCACGAGCUUGUGUUUGUUGACAGUAAGGGCCUUGUGAAGCAGUCAUCUUCCAAACAUUGUCUGUCAGUCUUAAACCAACUGAAUCAGCAGAGGCUUUCCAAUCAGUUCUGUGAUGUGACUUUGCUGAUUGAAGGAGAGGAGUACAAAGCUCACAAAUCUGUCUUGGCAGCCAACAGCGAGUACUUCCGAGAGCUCUUCAUUGAAAAGGGAGCUGUCACUAGUCAUGAAGCUGUAGUGGAUCUGUCAGGUUUCUGCAAGUCCAGUUUCCUGCCUUUAUUGGAAUUUGCUUAUACUUCAGAAUUAACCUUUGACUUCUGUAGUAUGGCAGAAGUUGCCAUGCUCGCCCGGCAUCUCUUCAUGUCAGAGGUCCUUGAAAUCUGUGAGAAUGUGCACAAACAGAUGGAAGAGAAACAAAUUACAGUGUACCAAAAGGGAGAUAUUCAAACAGUAGAGUCAACACAAAACCUAGCAGAGCAGGCUGAAGUGGAGGUGCAGCCCGUGGAUGGUGUUGAGCAGCCUAAACUCACAGCCAGUGAAGUGCCAAUAGCUGUGAAUGGAGCUCCUUCCUCUGCUGGGACAGAGGAGGCAGCAGCACCCCAGCCUGACCCCCUGCACCCAGAGCCUCUGGAGGCCACUGGGGGUGAUCCUUCCAAACCUGUGGAACGGUGUGAAACAAGUGAAAAUUGCAUCAAGAUCCAGCUGGUGGAGAGCAUUUCAAACAGCCUCUGCAACACAUUCACCUCUGGCCCAUCAGCUGUGGAAGCCAUGGACACACAGAGUCAAAGGGAAACUGAGACAGUUCAAAAUCAAAGUGAUAAAGCACAUGUGGACUCUGCUUCUGAAGACUCCUCAGAGACACUCAAGCAAAAAAGUAAUGAGCAGAACAGCUCGGUUUCCCAGCCGGAAAGCCUCGCUUCCAGUCAAGAUGAUACUUACAAAAGCAAGCUUCGCCAGCGUUCAGUCAGUGAGGGGGGAUACAUCAGGCUGCAUAAAGGAAUUGAAAAAAAACUGCAGAAUAGAAAGACAAAUCCUAAGUCUGCAGUGCAGCAGGUUGCCAUGAAGCUGGUACAAAGAGGGAAAAAAAUGAAACAGCCCAAAAGAGAGACCACAGAAAAUAACGAAGUGGAAGCUCAGCACAAAUGCACUGACUGUGGAAUGGUGUUCCAUCGGCGCUAUGCACUUAUUAUGCACACACUGAAACAUGAAAGAUCUAAAGAAUAUAAAUGCCCGUUGUGUAAGAAAGAAUUCCAAUACGGUGCCUCCUUGCGGGCCCAUCUGGUGCGGCACACGCGGAAGACGGAAGCCACCGCUGCAGCUCCAGGUGCUGAGGGGACAGGCGUGUCCUCAGUGAAAGGGAGAACCAAACGGGAAUUUGUGUGUGACAUAUGUGGGAGAACUCUGCCUAAGCUCUAUUCUCUCAGAAUACACAUGCUUAAACAUACAGGUGUCAAACCCCAUGCAUGCAAGGUUUGUGGAAAGACCUUUACAUAUAAGCAUGGAUUAAAAAUGCACUUAGCUCUCCAUGAAGUACAGAAACAGUUCAAGUGUGACUUGUGUGAGAAGUCUUUUGUCACAAAAAGAAGUCUUCAGGAACAUAUGAGCAUUCAUACAGGAGAAUCCAAGUAUCUUUGUUCCAUCUGCGGAAAAGCUUUCCACAGGGCAUCAGGACUCAGUAAACACAUAAAGAAACAUCAGCCAAAGCCUGAAGUUCGUGGAUAUCAGUGUACUCAGUGUGACAAGAGUUUCUAUGAAGCUCGGGAUCUUCGGCAGCAUAUGAAUAAGCAUUUAGGUGUGAAGCCAUUUCAAUGUCAGUUCUGUGGAAAAUGUUACAGCUGGAAGAAAGACUGGUAUUCUCAUGUAAAGUCUCAUUCUGUCACAGACCCUUACAGGUGUAACGUAUGUGGAAAAGAAUUUUAUGAGAAAGCUUUGUACAGAAGACAUGUAAAGAAAGCCACACAUGGUAAAAAAGGAAGAGCAAAACAAAAUCUGGAACGAGUUUGUGAACACUGUGGAAGAAAAUUCACACAACUUCGGGAAUAUAGGAGACACAUGAACAACCAUGAAGGUGUGAAGCCGUUUGAGUGCCUGACGUGUGGCGUGGCCUGGGCGGACGCGCGCUCGCUGAAGCGCCACGUGCGGACGCACACGGGGGAGCGGCCCUACGUGUGCCCCGUGUGCAACGAGGCUUACAUCGACGCGCGCACCCUGCGCAAGCACAUGACCAAGUUCCACAGGGACUACAUACCCUGCAAAAUCAUGCUGGAAAAAGAUACUCUGCAGUUUCACAACCAGGGCACGCAGGUGGAACACGCCAUCAGCAUCUUAGCGUCAGACAUGCAGGAACAAGAAACUGAGAUCAGCUUUGGCGCCGCUGAGGGCGAGACUGUGGUAGUGACAGGAGAGACGCUCGAAGCCAUCGAAGCAGUUGCAGCUUCUGAGGAAUGCACGUCGGUCUCUACCCUUUCUGACCAAAGCAUCAUGCAGGUGGUAAAUUACGUGCUGGCACAACAGCAAGGACAGAAAAUGGCUGAAGUGGCACAGGCCAUUGAAACUGUAGAAGUAGAAGUGGCCCAUGUAACAACGACAGAGUCAAUUUAGUAUAUGAGAGAGCAAGGAGGGUACGGUUCUAUAAUCUGUAACAGCCAAGUAUUUAAUGGGUUUUCUGAGGCUUUCAGUGAUGCCUAUUUUCAAAUGGUUAAUCCUCAGUAUUGAAUGUUGUGAUGACAGAAUACUGCACCAUGCAUUAGAGGGAAAAAGUACAAUACUCCAGUGUGGCCCGAGGCUUUGAAAGCUAAGAUUUCUAUACUGGCUAUAUCUUAAAAAAAAACAUCAAACAAAAACAACAGGUUAAAAUAAUGUUUUUGUGUAUGUGGUAUCAUACUAUAACUCUGAAAAAUUAAAAAGAAAAAACAUAAAAAGGCUGCACUAAAAACUAGAAAUGCACAACUACUGGUAGCUUUUUUGUUUUUUUUGAUGUGCAUUUCAUCAAGUUUGUGAGCAAAUUACCUAUAUUGGAUUCUGUCUGUUUACUCCCAAGGCAAGGGAAGUGGUGGAAUGCUUUGCGUAGGCUUGUGCUUCAUGUGGUAUACAGAAAAACGGAAGCUUUUUUCUCUGGGCAAAUGCACCAUUGGUAGUUAGUGAAUCCCAGUUCUGAAGAGCUUAAUUUAAUUCCAGGUGUGUGCAUGGCUGGUCCCAGGUUCAGCAAAAUCCUGUAAAAUGUUUUAUAGAUAAUGGGCAGUGAUCUGCUGAAGUCCAAGGAAGUGGUUCUCCAAGAUGGUUGUGAAUUUAAGUUGACCAGAGGAUGGCCCACCACAGGGAGACCAGUUAGAAAAGUAAAUUCCUUUUAUUUUGUAAGGGAGAAGUUGACACAGCAGCCUCUGCACACAGCCAUGUUUAACUCCAUGUUUGUUUGGAAGCUAUUGCCAGCACUGAUGUGUGAACCCAAAGCAGGCAGCCUGAUGAUGGAUGCUUCUAAUUUUGCUUUAUAUUUGGUGUAGAAACUGUCAAAGGAGAAAGAUCUAAUGGCAUACUUCUUUUGGAACUGAGGAAGUCCAGCUAGUUACAGACUAAUCUUGUAUUGUACUGAAGGGUGGAGCCCUGCUAAUUUCCAAGCAGGACACAUGACAGAGAAAUACAAAAAUCUUAGGAUGGGGUAAAAAUUAAAUUUGUCUCAAAAUUACCAGAAUCUCUAGAAGACCAUAUUAUUGCUGCUUGAAAAAAAUACUCCUAGGGCCAGUUGAUACCUGGUGUUACACCACAUUGUUGGAAAAAUCCUUACUGGUGCUCCUGCAAGUGUGAAUGACAGCUGUGCUUGGCCCAGGUUUCCGUGUCCCUGGAUUAAUACCACAAACAGGGCAUGUGCUUAUCUGUACAAGGUAUGGGUUCCUUUACUGCUGUGUGGGUUUUUUAAGCAAGCAGCAUGUCUGUCAAGGAAACUGAAAGUGCUUUGCAUGUGAACAAUCAGAGCUGUAGUCUUUAAAUUCUUCUCAGUCUAUAGUGGUAUCACAUGUUUCCUAACCUGGACAGCAGCAAGAUACCCAAACAGUCAGAAACUUUUAAUAUGGCAGGGUAAACUUCAUAAAUAAAGUGACAUGCAUAUAACUCUGCUACUUGUGAAACAGAUCCGCUGAACGAAAUUUCAGCAAACCCUGUGGCAAAGUAACCACCUCGUUUGAAUUAGUAUUUCUACUUUUUGUCUUAUUUAACUAUGUGGAUAUCUGUCUACUAAGCUACAGAAUGGACUGUUCUUUUUAUACUUUGCAAUUCUGUAGAUAAGCAGUUGUUGAAAAUUUUUUAUGUUUGAGUUCCUGUCUUGGAUUCAAAUUAAUUUGUAGAUGCCUAUUUCAAAAGUCAGGGUCUUAUUUCAGAGAAAUAAUGUAGUUAUUUAUAUAUCCUGCACCCCUUUACAAUUGUAUUAUUUUCUAAUUACCAAAUGGAGUAAAACUAAAAUGAAUAUUAAAAAAAAAAAAUACUGCUUGCUAUAACUUGAAUUUUUGUAUGGUAAAAGAUCUGGAGAUAGCCAUCCUGCUUAAAAUUAAAAUACUGCCAUUAUGAUGGAAAAAGAUUUAAAAAAGCACUAGGUAAACUUGAAAACUUACUUUAUUUGUAUCCUAAAAAUAAUUAUGUAUUACUAAAGUGAAGAAGUGUUCAAGGAAAAAUAGCUGUAAAUAGUGCUAGAACAUUAUUUGUAUAUUUAGUGUGUUACCUUACAAAAAAGAAUAUUACCAGCACCUUAGUUUAAUCUUUGGUGCAUUUAUUUAUUGGCCCAACCUAUGGAAGAAGCAAAAGUGAAUCUGAAUUUCAGAGCCUUCUUAUCCACUGUCAAAAUGCUUGUACUGACUCAGUGAUCUGCUGUUUUAAAACAACCACCAACCAAACUAAUCACAAAAGGUUGUUUUCUAAACAAGAUUCAGCAAGGAAUGUCAAAGCUGAAUGUUGUGGCACCCCUUUCCUAACAUGCUGUGCCUUACCUUUUCAGAAGGGCAUGAGGUAAGCAGGGAGUGUCACUCUUGGCUUUGCUGUUCCCAUCUGUGUGGAGUUGCCUUAUGUUUUCUUUGGACUUCAGCACUUAAGACAUUCACUACCCUUCUGCAAAAAUCAGACUGCAAAUACGCAGUUGGUAUUUGAUUUUUUUUUUUAAAUAAAGAUAAUGAAAAGUGUCCGUUCAUUAAGUAUUCCUAGUGAAUUCCUGUACAUAAUGAAUUUGAUUUGUACAUUCUGCUGUUUUUAUUUAGUGUUACAUGUAUAAAGUUAUGGUUAUUUCUGUCAUCAAAUAAACUGAGCUAUGCCAUGAA